CCUGGGUGCCAGGUAGAACUCCACAAAUCAACCGUCAGAACAUUUUACUAUUUGUACAUUUUAGCAAACAAAGGGAUUUUUACAUAUUCCACACUUUGCAACAAUGCAGUUCCCUUGUUUAAAGCUUCCUGAUUUCUCUCUCCCCUCGCUGGAUGCUCAGUGGGUUGAUGUCGGGAGGAUGAAGGGCUCGCUGCCCCGUGCCCUUCCCUUCUGCGGGGCGCUCCGGGCGGGCCCCGCAACUCGCAGGAGUGAACGGCUGCCAGCCUUUGGCAGCGCUGGCCGGUCCUAGAAAUCCGGCUGGCUGCCGGAGCCGCUGCCAGGAGCCUCCCUCGGGCCGUCAUGUGAGCGGUGUAAACAGCCCGGCCGGGCGAGUGGGCGGCUCGGCGCUCGCCAGUGGGGCAGAGUUCAGUGCCUGCGGCGGGGUUACUGCCGAGCGCCCGGGGUUGCCAUAGCGAGCAUUGCAUAACGCUGGCAGCGGCCCCGGCCACAAAGGGCCCCGCGUUCCUUCUGCUCCGUUUGUUCAUUGUUGCCGAGGCCCACUUUGCUGUCGCAAAUGGAGUUCCAGGCAUAGUUCCUGGCUGGGCUGCUGUGGGAGGUUUCACCGGGAGCGGGGAGAGAGAGGAGCUCGCUGAUGGAGCCCUGUAACUGGGGCAUGCACAGUGCCUGCAGGAGGGUUGUUUGCAUGAGCAGAAACUUUGCAUGCCGGGAUCUUCCAGAUGAUCCUGCUGUGGAGUGGGACACACAGCUUCUGGCCACCCUUGUCCUGAAGCACAUAGAAGCCAAGAACAUCAACCUGAACAUGUUGUGUGCCAUCUGGCAAUGGAGCAGGAGCUGCAGUUCCAGCAUGUCUGAAAGGAAGGAUUGCAAGGUGGUGACGUUUGAUGCAGGAGGAGUGAGUGGCCAUGCCAACCACAUCUCUCUUCACACUGCUGUCAGGUACCUGCAUUCAGAGGGGAAGUUACCUGAAGAGCAGGCUUUGCUGUCAGCACAUGGAAAUCCUGGUUGGAUCACUGACACAGAGGGCUCCCACAGUGCCCUUCUUUUUGGGGAGCUGGAUGCCACCACUUCACCUGAUCUGACCCAGGAGGACCCAGCAGGGUGCCGUGUGCUUGUGCUGGAAUCAGUAAAUCUCUGCAGGAAAUACAUUUCCUUCCUGGAUGUCCUCAUUUCCUGCCUCCUGCCCACGGAUGCACUCUUCAUCCUGACAGAGGAGGAGACUGAACAAGCCAAGAGAGCCAUGCAGUGCCAUCGCAGCCAGCUCCUCUGGUUCCGCCAGCUCCACCUGCUCUUCUCUCGCUACCUGGUGGUCAAUUCCCUGCGCCUGCUCUGACAGGACAUCACUCACAGGAGCAAAGAGCGAGCAAAACCUCAACUGCCCCAGGACUCAAGAAAGCUCCUGUGUUAGGUGCUCUUUGUGUGGCAUUCUCCACACUACAAAACCUAGGCUGGGUGAACCUCCUUCUGAAUAUCUUGUUGCCUGAUACAUUGAGAACAGGGUUAAACAGCUCUCUAUUUUCAUAGAAGCUUAAAUAAAAUGAGAAAUUUGGAUUAACUUUAAUUGGGAGCCAAACUCUGGAGGAUUCUGCAUUGGAGAAGAUAUGGCACAAACUGUUUCCCCAAGAAGACAGAGCUGCAAGGACUGCUUGGCAACUCUCCCUUGGUGCUUUUGUAAGAUCCAGCUAUCACGAGUAACUUUUCAAAGCUCAUGCUAUCUCCACAGAUAGCACAACCACAACACCUUUGUUAUUCAGUCAGAACUUUAAAAAGCCAAAGCUUUUGAAUAAAACAUCAGAAAUGAUGCAAUUUUUUCUAAUUGCA